AUGGUUAAUCCACUCGUUGCUUACUCAGAUGACGAAAAUUCAUCUGACAGUGCAUCUUCUCAGUUGGAAGAGAACCCCGUCGUUGAUACUGUGCUUAAUCAAGGGGAAGAAAGCCAACUCCCAACCAAACCAUCUAUAUCCUCACCCAAAUCAGAUCCGUCUACAUCUCCACCACCAAAAGUUACAUCUCCAUCAUCACCAGUUAAAGAAACAUCUCCACCUCCAGUUGCAGAAUCUCCACCACCACCCGUCAUAGAAUCACCAUCACCACCAGUCCAAGAAACCCCAUUACCACCAAAUCCAGAAACUCCCAUAACCACUGUCCAAAAAAAUCCCUCUUCUUCCCCAUCUCACAAAACCACUCCUCAAAAUCCACCACCAUCUCCACAUUCUCCAAUCAAUGAUGACAUUCUUCUGAGCACACUUCACCCUAAAAAACCAAGACGGCCAAGAAAACACAUUGAAGUUAAACAGGUUUGUCCACACAGGCCAGUGACUCGGAGUGCGAAUGUGGUCAAACCAACUGAUGAUGCAACAUCUAGUGUAUAG